UAUGUUUCUUAAAAUUCAUCUACCACACAUCAUCAGAGAAAAUGGCAGACGGAGGCGGCGCCACACGACCAAGAAUAGCAGCUGAAGACCGAGGUCCAGGAUCCGGUAAAUAUGCCCCUAACAUGGCUCCCACAAGGAAGGCAGCUCCUUCACACAGUUUCGGCAAGAAAAUAGAUAAAGACAUCUCUAAGAUCGACGAUUCUCCCGGUCCCAAGUACGGUGUUGCCGACGUGAUGACAACUAAAGGACCGGUGAGGAACCCUCAGUUCAGUCUGGCCAGUCGACAGAGAGACCCCAUCCCCUUCAACACCCCUGGACCUGGCUCUUAUCAGGUAGAGAAGUGCAACGUUCCAGGUGAGCGAAGAUCGUCUGCCUUCUCAAUGGGAAUGCGAACAAGAUACAGGAAGAGGGACCAAGUUCCAGCACCCAGUCAGUACUCUCUGCCCGUCACCAUGGGAAGCAAGUUGACAACCAGCAACAUGAGAGCAAGCCGAGCAUUCGGAUUCAACAGCAAGCCCAAAAAGGGAGGAUAUGAUGAGGAUCUUGCCGGAACCCCUGGACCAAACAACUACGCUACACACGAUGACAAUGUGAACCGAGUCAAGGCCCCAAUUCCUUCCUUAGCCACGAGGACAUACAUUCCUGGUGACCCAACCUUGAAACCCGGUCCUGGAGCUUACAGCCCUGAAAAGGUCACCAUACAUAAACCAAGAGCACCUGGCUUUAACGUUGGAGUCAAGCAUUCCGAGUACACGACACCACUCAUUGUUGAAUAAGUUGGCAAGGGAAUCACAUAGAAAAUCUAGGCAUCUACCAGAGGGUUGGUUCAAUCAUCAGAGAAACAGCCGAGUUCACACCUAAAUAUUCCGGCACACUUUCACUCUCAGACAUUGCUAUGGAAGUUUGGAGAAGUUUCAGGUUUUCCAAGAAGCUAGAUUCAAAGAUUUAAACGUAGGAUGGGUUCUGGACUGCUUUUAACAAUUGGGAUGGAGGGAACUUUUUCAUGUUGUAGAGAUUGUGAUUUAUAAUCGAAAUGAAGUUUAUCUUUUAAGUUUCGCUAUUUUAUAAGAUGGUAUUCCCGUUAUUCCAAAGAAAUUUAUAAUAUUACUUAUUCUAGAUAUCACAUCGUUUUAGAA